AAAAAAAAAAAAAAAAAAAGGUAGGAGCUUUCAUUUGUUUUGGCUAUGGAGAACGUUGAUUUUCGAAAGGGUACGUUCGGGAUGUGAUAUGGCUCUGUUGCUGGCCGUCGACCAACUACACGAUGUCGUUUUACAUAGGUCGCGAGGCUUCAAAGAAGCUAUGGAAGAGAGUAUGUGCAGAGACCACUACAGAAAUCAGCCUUCUUGCAGAAAAUUGGAAGUACAUUUUAGGGGUAUAUCCAUGGACUGGCAGCUCGAGGAGUUCAUUAUAUUCACCGGCCUGGCCCCACACUUCAGGACACUGGCUUCUUCGUUCUUCCGGCAUACGGUUAAUUUAGUCGUGUUCUUUGUAGACAAAAAGUUGCCAGAAAUCGAGGACUCACAUAAACGGCAAGAUCAUGGAAGGAGAGGCAGCAACACAACGGCAGAAGAAUGCUCGAAUGCUAUUGGUAUUGAAUUUGAACAGAAACCCAGCUCGGUUUUAGGAAAAAUAUCAAGACUAAAACCGGUUAAAAGCGAAAUUUUGAACUAGAAGUAUGAUGAACAGAUGAAGUCCUGGUGUUGUGCUUUCCAAAGUUUUGCAGUUCAUCAAAAAAAUGCCCCAUAAUCUGCACAAUAUUAUUAUGGAUUAUGGUUUCUAAAAUUGUAAUUUUUGUUUCCAGUUAUGUCCAAGCUCUUAUUGCUCUGAAGUUUUUAAAUUUUAUUUGUUUUGAGUUUUAAAUAUCUGCAAUGGGAAGUCAUGAAGAUAUGACACUGAACUUACAAAAUCUUUUUAGUUGAGCUGUUUUGAGUUUAAGGAAUUUU